AAUCAGAGAGUAGAGACACAUAUUGAAUGUAAAGGAAGUGACUCUUUCUGAGCACUCGGUCCUUGUUGCUUUUAAAAAUCUUGCAGAGCAGUCAUUUGAAAACAAAUGAAGUUAAGUAUUUUUGUAACUUUGUAUUACUAAAGCAAAUUCAGUGGAAAAUGAAGCUAUCAGAUGUCAAAAAGUUGAAAGUGGCCGAACUACGAGCCAUGCUCAAAGAAAGGGGGCUGGAAAGCAAAGGGCUAAAGGCCGAACUUGUUAUGCGUUUUAUGUCCGCUAUUGAAACUGAAUUGCCAGCUCCACAGUCAAGCAACCACGCUCAAGACACGGGAGUGCCGGGUAUUGGAGAAAACCACAUGCCACAAAACGAAGAGUCGUCCAGAUCUGGAGAAUCCACAGUUUCAACGAUGAAGACAGACGUUCCUUUACUGACUAAGGAGGAUAAUCUAACGGGGGAAAAGGGAGAUGUUUUGGGCACAAGUUCAAAGACGGUAAUGUCAGCUGUACCUCAUUGUCCUCCCGAAAGUUCGUACACUGAGGUCCGUGCAAUAUCUGCAGCCAAAUUUGAUAACAUGUCAACAAGUCAACUGAAAGAUGCACAUGUAAUUAGCACAUUUACAAUGGGUAUGUGUAUGGAAACCACAACCGACAAAGUGUUGACGGAGCCGACGUCGUCCAAUCAAAAUGUGCAAGAAAGUUCGAGAGGGGAAAAUGAUAAGCAAGAGCAUGUCACACAAGAGAAUGCCCAAGAACAACAGAGUAAGGAGCAAGUGAAACUGCCUUCUUUCAUACAGAAAAGUGAGGAGAAACAGACCACAAUCAACCAACAGACCACAGCAAACUUGACCAGCAUCUCCAUUAACAACACGUUUAGUACAUCACAUGUAUCACUGAUGGACAUAUCCAAUCAACACACUAGUAUGUUGGUUGUUGGUCAGCUCAAAGAUCAUGCAGACCCAGCUGGGGAUAACAAAGUAGAGGAGUACAAUCAAACCAUAAUGGCCCUAGGAAGGAAGAGCCCUAAAUUGUCUCAAACCAGUGACCAGACUAGCCAGAACACAGGCAACGAGAAACAAGCUGGAGCAGCAAACAAGCGUGAGAGGCCAGCAGAAGGUGUGCCGGCCAAAGGCAGGGCCUACUAUGAAUUCAAGGAGGAGAUCCAGUACAACAGAGCCAAAUCCCCACCCCCUCGAGCUGACAAGGACUGGGUUGUUGCUGACCAGGAUGAAGGACGGGUCACACUAGACUCCUACGGCGGUGACCUCCACUUUGAGGUGGGCCAGGACGGCUGUACAGGCCAGCCUCGGUUCUGGGAACACUGCCCUCUCCUGUGGUCUGGGUGCAGGUUGACCCACGGAGCUCACAAGGGGAGGGUGGGCUUCGAGGCUCGGUUCGACAAGAAGUUGGUGUCUCCAGCUCUGGACGCUGAGGACUCUGAGCCCUAUGGCCUGAGGGUGGGUUGGUCAGCGGACCAUUGGAACUCCAGCAUGAUGCUCGGUGAUGUGGACUUGUCUUACGGUUAUGAUGCUCGGGGCAAAAAGGUGACGGCUGGGAAGGAGGAGGAGUUUGGAGAGCCCCUCUCAGAGGGAGAUGUAAUUGGCUGUUAUGCUUCUUUUUCCAAGGAGGAAGGAGUUGACCUGUCUUUUCAUAAAAACGGCCGUCCCAUGGGGGUGGCAUUCCACCUGAGUCCAGCUGCUCUCUCGGGUUGUGUGCUGUACCCCCAUGUCCUCUGCAAAAACACCUCGGUCACCCUCAACCUGAACCCCAUCUCUCCGCCCUGGUACCUGGGCCCUGCAGGGUACAGCCCACUCCCCUCACUGCCCGCGGAUCACUGGAUCCGCAACGCAAACCCACCAACCUCUAAACAGCAGUGUGAGGUGCUGAUGAUGGUGGGUCUGCCAGGGUCGGGUAAAACCCACUGGGCCAUGGCUCACAUGAAUCAAAACCCAGAGAAGAGAUACAGACUGCUGGGUACUGCAGGCCUCCUGCCCUGUAUGAAGGGUCAGGGUCGCAGGGAGUGCAGGCUGAAGCAGGCCUCAUGCUGUCUCAGGGAGCUGAUCAAGGUGGCCGCUGACACGCCACGCAACUACAUCCUGGACCAGCCCAACGUCCACCCCUCAGCUCAGCGCCAGAGACUGCUGUGGUUCUCUGGGUUCAGGCGCAUGGCGGUGGUGGUGUUUCCCUCUACAGAGGACUGGAAAAGACGUCUGCAGAAGCAACGGGAGGUGGAGGGGGAGGAGAUCCCUGAGACCGACCUACACAAGGUCAAAGUGAGCUGCACUCUGCCAGAGCAGGGGGACUUACUGGAGAAGGUCCUGUUUGUGGAACUUGCCAGAGAGGAGGCACAGGCUGUCUUGGAGGAGUACAAAAAAGAAGCCAAAAGUCUGCUCCCCCCUGUCCCCGCUGCCCCUAAGCGGAAGAAACCCUGUGUUAAACGGAAUAACAUCAAACCUCAGGCUUCUUACUCUAAUAAGACAAGAUUUGGAAGGAUGGCUGCGCGAGAAUACAACCCCCACUUUCGAGGCCGGCCAGAUGGGUGGUACACUCCUGCUAGUGAAUUAAGAGGUUGGGGAGGUACAUGGUUCAACCAGCAGCCGUACCCAGGUAGUCAUCAGCAGUACUGGGGCCUGCCCAGAUAUUGGAAUCAAGGUUACCAAGACCAGGGGUACUACAGCAACAAGAAUCAUGGUUACCAAGACCAGGGGUACUACAGCAACAAGAAUCUAGGUUACCAAGACCAGGGGUACUAUGGCAACAGUAACUAUGCAUACGGAAGUUACCAGGGUUACUAGUAAACAUCUGAUGAACAAAAAUUAA